GGGGGUGGUCGAUUUAUGACUUGAUAGUUAGGUCAGGGAUUUCUAAGGGAAUACCCAGAGGUUGCAGCUGCUGCUGAGCUCUCAGCCCCAGCAGCUCCACGUUGACCGGCGGGAGAGCGAGGCGGAGAGCUAGCAGCAGGCAAGAACCAGGGCCACGGGCUGAGGAGCGGUUACCGCAAAGUAACAGGAGAGGGGGGAGGCGAGAAAGCCAGAAAAAAAAAAAAGUGGUCGCUUUCCGUGGCGGGGCGAGGUGCCCAGAGAAACCGGGGGCUCAGCGCCCCUCUGUCACGCGUGGACCCAUUUACGGGAAAGGAGAGGGGAGAACUGACUUGCUUUGGAAGACGCAAUAAAAUUGAAAGAGAGAAAAGAAAAAGAAGCUAAGUUAUGCAGAACUGAUUGAUUCCCCGAGAUUAGGGGAAGGCAUGAGUCUGUCAGGGCUGCGGGACGCGUGUAGGCUGGAGCCGCAGCCCCCACGGGAGCGGGCCGGCCCGCGGUGAACUGGGCGUCCUGCUGGGAAGGUAGAUCAGCAAGCCAGCGGCAAUGCAGGGACGCCUGCUCUAGAGAAGCCUCCCGGAGAGGGAGUGUGUAGCCUCGAGAAAAGAGGGGGCUCAAGGGGAGCCCUCAGUCUGGAGCCUGCCCCUCUCCUCCUCUCCCGCAGCCCCCCUCCCUCGCCCAAGCCCCCCAGCCCAGCAGAGUUCGGCACCCCUACCGCGUUCCACUCAGGGAGAGAUGCCCUCAGUCCCUGCGGCCCCCCGGGGACAACGCGAGCAUGGAGAAGUCGAGUAGCGAGGAUUCUUCGAUCCACCGGAGUCCAUCUUUGGACAGCAAGGACUCGGACUUUGCCAAGCCCUCUUCCUCGGGCCGCCCCUUGGGCCGCGGCUUCACUGCGGGCGCCUUCUAUGGUACCACGGGUUCCCGAACCCGGGGCCAGAGCCACGCGGAAGCCGGAGUGAAGACGGACAAGUACAAUGCCCCGAAGGGCAGCAAGUAUGUGGUGUUUUACCUGGACCUCUCCUUUGUCUUCCUUCUAGAAUUUAAGAAGUGCAACAUGGCCAGAGGCUGCCUCUGCUGUUUGAAAUACAUGAUGUUCCUGUUCAAUUUGAUAUUUUGGUUGUGUGGCUGUGGACUGUUAGGGGUGGGCAUCUGGCUCUCUGUCUCCCAGGGAAACUUUGCCACCUUUUCCCCCAGUUUCCCCUCACUGUCAGCAGCCAAUUUGGUUAUUGCUAUUGGCACUAUCGUCAUGGUGACCGGCUUUCUGGGCUGCCUAGGAGCCAUCAAGGAAAACAAGUGUCUCCUUCUCAGUUUUUUCAUAGUCCUGUUGGUCAUUCUCCUGGCAGAGCUGAUCUUACUCAUCCUGUUUUUUGUCUACAUGGACAAGGUGAAUGAUAAUGCUAAGAAGGAUCUGAAAGAAGGGCUGCUCCUGUAUAACACGGAAAAUAAUGUGGGACUGAAGAAUGCCUGGAACAUCAUUCAAGCUGAGAUGCGAUGCUGUGGGGUUACUGACUUCACAGACUGGUUUCCUGUGCUGGGAGAGAAUACAGUUCCUGACCGUUGUUGCAUGGAGAAUUCCCAGGAUUGUGGGCGAAACUCUACCACCCUUGUUUGGAAAACAGGCUGUUAUGAGAAGGUAAAGACAUGGUUUGAUGACAACAAACACGUUUUGGGCACAGUGGGGAUGUGCAUUCUCAUCAUGCAGAUUUUAGGCAUGGCCUUCUCCAUGACACUUUUCCAACAUAUUCACCGGACUGGUAAAAAAUAUGAUGCCUAAGCCACCUGGCUGGGAGUGCCUCUACACCAGGGAAGACUCGUGCUUUCGUAGCCUCCUGAAUGCCAGACUGCCGUCCCUUCCUAUGCGUAACCCAACCCUGUACUGUCCAACAGAUCGACGUCCCCACCCUUCCUGAAUCAUCCAUAGACUUCUUUGUCGGGUGGGCAGGGUGGGUAGGGAGAAGGGGAAGGAAACCUCAGGAGGUGGGAAGUUGUGUGUGUGUGUUGGGGGUGGGGGGUGGGACUUUUCUGCAUCCACAUCUGUUUCUUUGCCAAAGAAGAUGGAGGGAUGGGGAGAGGACGAGGUAGAGUGAUGGGAGAUGCUAAAAGAGCAAACUCCAAUAUGACACUAAUCCCUCCUUAGCUCUCUUUUACCUCCUGCCCUUCUUCUACGCACUGACACUUUGCCUGACCCAGAGGGGAAAGGGGAUGGAGAAGAGGAGGCAAACUCCGGUCCUUGUUGGGGGUUUCUCCCUUUUCACCUCCCUGCCCCCCUUUCAAGGGACACAGCCUCUUCUAUAUCUGCUUUUUAGCCACACCUCGCCCCCACCUCUGGUCCAGAGACCUGGAAGACUUAAUGGGAGGGAGGGAGGGUCAGGGAGGCCCAACCAUUUUAAGUGAGGGGCCCCAGGCAAUGUUCUUUUUGAGGCAUUUUGUACCCUUUGAUGUAUCUUUUUUAUCAUUUUAUUUUAUCCUGAUUUUGAUCAUUUGGGAUCAGUAUUCCCCAAAUACUUUUAGGCUUAGCUUUUCUGAUCUAUAACUUUUUACUAUAUUGGUUUCUUUGAUGUCUUGGUUUUUUGGUGGGGGGUAGUGAUGGGUGGGAGGGCAUCCAUUUGGUUUUAAUCUGGAAAAAACACUGUGCAACGCUUGGGAGGACCUUUGUAAAGAUGUACUAGACAUUUUUUUUUCAGUAUAGAGAGGAUGAGAUUAGCUGGCUGUGCUGAGAAAGCUAGGACUUGGCUCAGUUCCUUCACCUUUGUGAGGGGUUAGACAGGAGGGUCCAUGACCCUCUCAGGGAUUUUCCUUUGGGACUUAGAGUCUUUGGCUCUCAGUAUUUUGGUUUUUGUGAAGUGAAGCAAGUUCAGGGUCAAGCGAGAGGCAAAAAGGAUCUAGUACCAGUGCCAAUGGAAGAUAGAAACAAUAAGGGAUGUGAGUUGGGGGGGACUGGGGAUGGGUGGGGUGGGUAGUAGGGAAGUUAUAAGGGAGCUUGCAGUAUUUCUUGCUAAUCUCUUUACCAGGAACCUUGGCCUGAGCUAGAAUUUAUCUGCUGCUGUUUUUGUUAUUGUUUUUGUCUUUGUCUUUGUCUUUUUUUUUUUUUUUUAUCCUUCCCUCCCAACCAUCUUUGGCAUGGGAGACUCUCCCUUCACUCCUUUCGGUCAUUCCCACAUCAAAUUCCCAAACUCCCCUUUUAACCCCCAAACAUUCCUGUUAGAACUCUUGAUCAUAUACCUCGGUAGUUCAGAUGCUGCAUUUCUCACAUAUUGCUGCUUUUAACAAAGGAAAGGACAGAUGGAGGUGUUAGAAGGGAUCUCAGAGGUUGUCUAGGACAAUUUCCUUACUUGACAAGUGAACACAAGACCCAGACGGAAUCAGAAUUUGCUCCCCCAGAUAACAGGGCCCUUAAUAUACCUUUGGAUCCCCAGAUAGAUGACUGGGUGAGUUAAUCCCUGCAGAAAUGUGGUCUCCCUCCUUGUGUUGGUAGAGUGGAGUGAUAAUCCUCCAACAUAAUUCUAAAACACUCUCUUCUCUAUUCCCUAUCUCUUACCAAGGAGGAAUUAAUACAAAAUAAAACAUUAAAGCAAUCAUUGUAUAUCCUUAAAAAAACCAAAACUCAGAAGUGUAAAACCCAAUUUAUAGCAUAUACAAAGCUUUGCAAGUAUGAAAAGGGGCUAGUGGAAAAUUUGUCCUCAACAAAACAAACCCUCCACCCGUCCCCAACUCCCAACCCCUCUUUGUUGGUUCUAGUAAUCAAUCCGGAAAAAAGUCUGAGAAUCCCACAGAAAACCUCCGUGAUCUAGAUUCCUUAUAGGCUCACACACUAGAGCCAGUUCAGUGAUCUGCUUUCCAUCUAUCUUUCCUUUUUUUUUUUUUUUUUUUAAAUUACCUGAGAAAUGUCAGCACAACCAACAAAUCCCUGACCAUUGGUUUACUUUAAACGUCAUAAAAAUUGGGACCAGGAGUGCAAAUGUUCUGGUUUGGCCAAAGCUUCCUUCCUUCCCCCUUCUUCCCCCCUCCCCCAAUUUGCUUGCCAGGGUUAGUGGUGUUGGGGUCUCUCAAAGGUGGAGUGUAGGAGUCGUUUCCUCUUUAGGACAAAAUACCAUGGCAAUGAUAAAAGAUGCUGCUAUUAAAGAGAUAACUUCCUCACCAUCGAACCAAAAAUGGCAAGGUCUAAUUCCUUUGUGUUUGUCUUUUAAAUUUUUCUCUCCUUAUUCCCUCCCCUCUUCACCUGUCUCCCCACCCCCCACCUGUUCCUUCCCUCUCCACCUGUCCCCUCCUUUGUCCACUUGUCCCCUCCCUCUCCACCUGUCCCUUCUCUUCUCUACCUGUUCCCUUCCCUUUCCCCUUGUUCUCUCCUCUCUCCCCUUGUCCUUUCCCUUCUCCCCUUGUUCCUCCCCCUCUCCCUCUAUUCUCUGUUCCCUCCCAUACCCUCCCCAUUAUCCUUACCUAACCAUCCUUCCAUCCCUUCAUACCUCCAUUACUAGCUUUUUUGGCCGUUUUUUUUUUUUCCUGGUAAGGAGUUUCUGCUAUCUAUGUGAGCAACUCAUCCAAUCUUGUAAGAGAUGAUGCAGAAAAGAGACUUGGUGAAUGGUUUUUGAUGCACAGAGUUAGAUCUGGUGUAUCUUAAGUUUUGGGCGUGGGAUGGGUUUAGCUAUAUCUGUCAACACGAUUUUAAAUUUGUAUUAACUUCAGCAGCAAGAAUGCCUAGAGCAGUGGCAGCAUUUUGCCUCCCUGUAAAAUUUAUUUUUUUCUCCAUAGGCCUUUUUCUAAGUUUUCAGCCACAGUCACUCCCUUCCCUUCUUUCCUGUCAGCUUUAUACCUUUGAUGUGUUUCCCCUAUUGAAGUCUCCCUUAGCAUAGUUACUCAGCCACUUUCUGAGUCAACAUUAGAGCAAAUUCCCUUUGGAUAGCUGUUCUCAUUGCUUCUUCAAGCAGAUAGGUUGCUCUAUGCUGCCUACUCAACAGAACCACCUGAGAUCAGCAAUACUCUGUUGAGCCUCAUUCCUUGGGACGGUUUGGAAUUAUACCUAAUUUCCUUUGUCAAAGAUAUGAGUUGAUUCAGUUCUCAUGGUGCCCUCUAGCAUUGUCUCCAUAUUUUUCUCCCCUCCACCCCAAUAAAUAAGUAAAUUAAUCAAUAGUAUUUGUGGAAUAGGUGAUUUCAGAAGGAAUCAGAGUGAAUAAACCAAAUAUUACAAACACUAAAACAUUUCAGCUUUAUUUAAAUUGUAUCCCUCAUACAGAGGAGAAUCAGGAAGAUUGAGUCAAAUUUGAGUCAAAAUUUCAUAAAAUAACAAUUCACUUAGAAAACUAAAAGAUGAGACAUAGUUGGGGGAAAAGACCAGAAUGUAGAGAUAGGGAUUCUUUUGAGCAGGGGUUCAGCAGCCACUAGGCUGCUAGGAGAGUCAGUACUCAGAGCCCCCUCCCCCUGGAAUUACCUCCCAUUCCUCAGGUGGGCUGCUGUCUUUUGAACAGUCGCCAGCCUCUAAUCUAAAACACAUUCUGCUUCACAGCUGGACUUUGACAUCCAAUUCUGCAAGCCUCUCUUUGCCUCAUCUCGGACCUCUGAAGCACUAGUGGCUUAAAAAAAAAUUGCUGUGUUUUCCCCUCUCUAGUCCCCUGACCACCCUUGGGUGGAGGUGCUAACAUACAGGGACACAACAACAGGAGAGGAAGUGAUUUGUGUCCCUUGGCCUCCCCAAGUCCACCCUAUUUUUGCCUCUCAUUCAGCCUCUUCCCCAUCCCUUUAAUCUCUUCCAUCCAUCACAAAGCAAUAUUCCUCAAGGUGAGGAUCCCCAGCCUCCUUGUCACCUCACUUCAUCUUGCAGGACUUUUCUACAGAGGCAUUGGGUGAUAGAUGAUUUUCACUUCCCACCCUCUCCAAAUCCUCCUAACCUUCCCAUGGGGGCAGUAAGGGAAAAUAGGUUUGUUGGUUUCUAAUGCACUUUUCUGCUUGCAAUGGUCUGUCUGUGCUUUUCUUCCUUCCUGCCCGGCUUUUGUUAUUUAAUGCCACAUUUUUAGCAUGUUUUUAAAUAAAAAUGGAUAAUUUGAGUCAAAAGUACAGCCCAGUGUGUUCCCCACAUGGCUUGAUAUUUCUUGACCUCUCUCUCUCUCUGAGCACUAAGAACCCUCCCAUACAGGUGGUGGUCCCUACUCUCGGGGGAAUUUCCUUCUUUUGGGUACUCUGUAUUUUCACUGAAUUUAGACCAGCACAUUUAUUAUUGUAGAGUUUCUUUUUCACAAGAGAGGAUCAAAUCUAGCUGUUUUGGUGGGCCUGUGGAGUUCAAGCCAAGUUGGCUGAACUCCAGAGCAGUACAGGAGAACUUGGGUCACUCUUGGAGAAUAUGGUGAGCACAUUGGGAUAUACCGGGGGCAGGACAGCCUUCCACACUGUGGGCUGGGCACUCUGCAUGAAAAGCCUGGUCCUGUGGGGAGGUUUCAGAGGAAGGAGGGACUUUCUUGAGUUGUCAGUCUGUUAUGGUCAUGACUCCAGUGGUCAUUUCUUUUGUGCAAACUUCUCAAUAUCCCUGGGAAGAUGGGGCAUGGUAUCUUGACUGCAGAGCAGUUGGGGUAGGGCCGUAAGUGCCCUCUGGGGUACUGGGGAUCUUUUUUAAGGACCUGUGUUUUUAAGACACAGGCAAACUUUCCAGCCACGCAGACCUAAACACCUCCCUAUUUUACCUGGCAGUUUCAUAGACUGCUAUGGCCAAAAAAUGUCACUUUUUGCUCAGCUUUCCAAUGCUGAGCCUUUCUCCCCAUUUAAGCAGGCUGGUCUCCGGACAACUGAUCAGCAGUCCAUUAUAGGGCCCAUGCUUGGGGUCUUUACUUGGCUAGGACCUGCCUGUGCUUCUGCUUUGCUAGUAUAGCCUUUGAGAGCCUUGGGUCACUUCCACCGUGAUGAAGUAUUUUAAGAUGUCACUGGAGGAGUAACAGGUAGUGAUAAAAGCACCUACCAAAAAGCCUCAGUUCUGUCCUGCUGGAAGGAUUCUGAAAGAGAAAAGGGGGUACUAGGUGGAUAAGAAUUCAGAGAGCCCUCUUAAGUUCUGUAUGUUUUUUAAGGAGUAUCUCUAUAAGCGCUGACUCGGAUUAGAUCAUAGGGCAGGGACUUCUGCGGCCUGAAGGCUAGAAGGGUGGUUCCCUCCAGAUUGAUUUCUUCCAGGCUCUUCAUUCUGCUCCUGCAUCUAUCCUGGGGCUCCUAUAUGACCCUUGGUGCUCAGCUCUUUCUAUGCAAUACCUACCUGAGCCUUUGUACUGGGGAUUUUGUAUCAGCUUGACUUACAGAAAUAAAUAAUCUUAAACUAAA